AUGAGGACCAUAGCAACAGCAAGACCAAACUUGAAAUUAACACCCAGAUCCGAAGCAAAAGAACAAGAUGCAACACAGUUGAAGACUGAAAAACAUACUGAAAACAAUACAGUUCAUCAGAUAAACUCCAGCCGACCAAGAAGACCAACCAAGAAGCAACCCCAACGGCCACAUCAGAUGUCAGAGUCGUUACACAUGUUUGGGAAUCCACACCAUUCUCAGAUCCAGGGAACUAAUUCAAGCUCACAACAGCAGGCAUAUGCUGUGCACUUGGCUAAAGAAAGACAAAUGCAACAGCAUAUGGCACCUCAACAGCAUAGUGAUCUUUCUGGAGCUAGUGCACUACCCAAUGUGCAGAAUAGUACUCAAAUAUUGCAGCAGAACCAAGCCUCGUCUGCCAAUCCAGUCCCUUGUUCAAAACCACAACAUCAGCGACAGCAAGCAACACGGCACGAACUGAAGGAGCAGGGGAGAGGCUUCCUGACGAGCGCAACAUCCGAAUCAGGGAUCGACAUUGGAGGGGCGGAGGUUGCGGAGCACCUUGCCGAGCUUGCCCCGGCCAAGCACGCAACCAUUCCUCGUCUCUCUCCCACUCUGGCACCCUGCGGUCUGUGCGAGCGUGAGCGAGGAAGCCCGCAGCCGUCUCCCUUCCCUCCCGAGUCCCGACGCGUGCGCGACCAAGGCUUCCCGACGCCUGGCCACCGGCGCCUCACCGGCUCACCCCACCGGCCUCCCCCGUGGCCCCGCCCGGCGCUAGCCGCCAGCCCCAUCCCGCCGGCCACCGGGGCAGCAGCGCGCGACCAGCACCUCGUCUCUCCGACUCUCGCUCUCCCAGUCCGGCGCGCGGCUAGCAGCGGGCCGGGCCGGCCGAUGCAGGCGCGCAGCGGGCGUCCGCCCGCGUCCCCAGGUGGCCUCUGUCUGGCCUGGACGCCUGGCGAUUUCUCCCAAAUCCGAGAAAGCCGUGGACUGACACAACCACAAUACAAAUCAAAUCAAAACACAAGAGAACAGAACGGCACCGUGGGGAACGUCGCUGCCGCCGCCGCCUCGAACAACACCGCCAUUGCCGCCUCGAACAACACCGCCGUCGCCGCUGCCUCCUCCGACAAAGCCGCCGCCGCCGAAGACAAAGCUGCGGCCACCGUAGACAACGCGACCAACACCGACGCCGCCGCCGCUGGUAAGGCCACGGGCACCGCCGGCGGCGGCGGCGGCAAGGCCACGACAACUGCCAUAACACGAAACUGA